UUCACCAUGUUGGCCAGGCUGGUCUUGAACUCUCAACCUCAGGUGAUCUGCCCGCCCCAGCCUCCCAAAGUGCUGGGAUUACAGGCAUGAGCCACCAUUCCUGGCCAAAAUGAAGCUUUUGUAAAACCAAAUAGUUUCUUUGCUAGUGUGAUCUAGCAUGUAUUAUUCCGCCGUGCUCUAUUUCUUUACAUUCAUGAUAAGGUAAAGGACAAGUUGAGGAAAUCUAAGCAGUCAGAUCCUCAUUAUUUCACAUGGGAAGGUGACAAUUAGUAGUAUUUUCUCAAACACAUGACCCUAUAUUUUGUCAGCAAGAGUCCCCAGUUAUGUGUCAAGGAAUUAUGACAGGCCCCAGUAUCAUCAUUCUUAGACAUUGAGACUAAUUCUACUCAAAGCAUCCUUUGUAGACUUCAUUGCAGGUCUGUGAAAGAAUAGAUAAAGAAAUUGAAAGUAAGGGCUGAGAAAUUUUUAUAGCAAUCUGACAUUGUUAUAAUGUCCAAAUUUUCUAAUAUUUCAUUUUUAUUAUAUUUUACAAAAUAUCCAUCUGCAAUGGAUUCGAAAUAAAGAAAAAUCUGGUCCUUCAUCAGAACUGGGAAAACACUGAUUUAAACAUUUGGUCAGACAUUUUAAAUUGAAUUAGUAAGCUGUGUGGGCUGGACUACUGCUGAGGAGCUGUAUUCAUGUAGUGAUGAUCACCAGAUAGUGAAGUGGAACUUGUUAACCAGUGAAACAACUCAAAUAGUAAAGCUUCCUGAUGAUAUUUACCCUAUCGAUUUUCACUGGUUUCCAAAAAGUUUGGGUGUAAAGAAACAAACUCAGGCAGAAAGCUUUGUCCUCACAAGUUCUGAUGGUAAAUUUCAUCUGAUUUCCAAGUUAGGAAGAGUGGAAAAAAGUAUAGAAGCUCACUGUGGAGCAGUACUUGCAGGAAGAUGGAAUUAUGAAGGAACAGCAUUAGUUACAGUUGGAGAAGAUGGGCAAAUAAAAAUUUGGUCAAAGACUGGGAUGCUUAGAUCUACUUUAGCUCAGCAAGGAACACCAGUGUAUUCAGUAGCGUGGGGCCCUGAUUCAGAAAAGGUUCUUUAUACAGCAGGCAAGCAACUAAUCAUUAAACCUCUUCAACCAAAUGCUAAAGUUUUACAGUGGAAAGCUCAUGAUGGCAUUAUUUUAAAAGUAGAUUGGAACUCAGUCAAUGAUCUUAUUUUAUCUGCUGGUGAAGACUGUAAAUAUAAGGUAUGGGAUAGUUACAGCCGCCCACUGUACAAUUCACAACCUCAUGAGCAUCCUAUUACUUCAGUUGCCUGGGCUCCAGAUGGAGAAUUAUUUGCUGUUGGAUCAUUUCAUACUUUACGCUUGUGUGAUAAAACUGGGUGGUCAUAUGCAUUAGAAAAACCGAACACUGGCAGCAUAUUUAAUAUUGCGUGGUCUAUUGAUGGCACUCAGAUUGCUGGAGCCUGUGGAAAUGGACAUGUUGUUUUUGCACAUGUGGUGGAACAACAUUGGGAGUGGAAAAAUUUUCAAGUAACAUUAACUAAAAGAAGGGCCAUGCAGGUUCGUAAUGUUCUUAAUGAUGCAGUGGAUUUACUGGAAUUCCGUGAUAGAGUCAUUAAAGCAUCUUUGAACUACGCACACUUAGUUGUUUCAACAUCUCUUCAAUGUUACGUGUUCUCCACGAAGAACUGGAACACACCAAUUAUAUUUGAUCUCAAAGAAGGAACUGUUAGUUUAAUUCUGCAGGCAGAAAGACACUUUCUUCUUGUAGAUGGUAGUAGUAUCUAUUUAUAUUCAUAUGAAGGGCGCUUUAUUUCAUCUCCAAAAUUUCCUGGAAUGAGAACAGAUAUUCUGAAUGCACAGACUGUAUCUUUGAGUAAUGAUACCAUAGCAAUAAGAGACAAAGCUGAUGAAAAAAUAAUCUUCCUCUUUGAGGCAUCAACUGGAAAGCCUUUAGGUGAUGGAAAGUUUCUUUCUCAUAAGAAUGAAAUCUUGGAAAUUGCUCUGGAUCAAAAAGGACUUACCAAUGAUAGAAAAAUUGCUUUCAUUGAUAAAAACAGAGAUCUCUGUAUCACUUCUGUGAAACGAUUUGGGAAGGAAGAACAAAUUAUCAAGCUUGGAACAAUGGUGCAUACUUUGGCAUGGAAUGAUACAUGUAAUAUCCUUUGUGGACUUCAAGAUACUCGAUUUAUAGUAUGGUAUUACCCCAAUACAGUUUAUGUGGACAGAGAUAUUUUGCCUAAAACAUUAUAUGAAGGGGAUGCAAGUGAAUUUAGCAAAAAUCCCCAUAUUGUGAGUUUUGUUGGAAAUCAAGUAACUAUUAGAAGAGCUGAUGGCUCCCUGGUUCACAUCAACAUAUCACCAUAUCCUGCUAUUCUCCAUGAAUAUGUAAGCAGUUCAAAAUGGGAAGAUGCUGUAAGACUUUGUCGCUUUGUUAAGGAGCAAACCAUGUGGGCUUGUCUAGCUGCUAUGGCAGUUGCUAAUCGAGAUAUGACUACUGCAGAAAUAGCCUAUGCAGCAAUUGGUGAAAUUGAUAAGGUUCAGUACAUCAAUUCUAUAAAAAGUCUUCCAUCUAAAGAAUCAAAAAUGGCCCACAUACUACUUUUUAGUGGGAACAUACAGGAGGCUGAAAUAGUACUUCUUCAGGCUGGCCUUGUUUAUCAAGCGAUCCAGAUCAAUAUUAAUCUCUACAACUGGGAAAGGGCACUGGAAUUGGCUGUAAAAUACAAAACACAUGUUGAUACAGUUCUUGCUUACCGUCAAAAGUUUUUGGAGACAUUUGGUAAACAGGAAACUAAUAAACGAUACUUGCAUUAUGCAGAAGGUCUCCAAAUAGAUUGGGAGAAAAUCAAAGCCAAAAUUGAGAUGGAAAUUACAAAAGAAAGAGAGCAAUCAUCAAGCAGCCAAUCCAGCAAGAGUAUGGGUCUAAAGCCCUAAAUGCCAUGCUUAUCUUUAAGAAGUUUUAUCUUUUGAAAUAAUUCUGAUUAACCAAGGGUAAGCAUGUUUUGGUUGCUAAAGAAAAAAGCAUAAUCUUUAAAUGAAUAUAAGUACUUGCUGUGUAUUUAAUGUAAAAGUAUAUUCAGAAAGAUGAAACACAAAGUAACUGAUGUAUUUCUAUCUUUUAUAUUUUUAGUCCAAUAAUUAGCAAAAUAUUACUAUAUAUGUAAGAUAUACCUGUGUAGUGUUGAUUAUAUUUCAGUUUUUUGCUCAUUACUUCAUUCCUAAAUCUUCAGCAUGAACAAAUACUGAUGUUGAUAAUAAAACAUUGGACUCUUUGAAAUGUAUGUUACCAUUAAUUUCUAUUUGACCUCUAAAUUGUAAAGUGCCUCCAAAAGUUUAUGUAUUUAUAGAACAAAAAUACAUGAGGAUGGAUUUGUACAAAUGUAUAAAAUGCAGCUAUUUAUACACCAAGUUCAUAGCAGCAUUACUGGAAUAGCAAAAGAUGGAAACAACUCAAGUGUCUAUCAUGAAUGGAUAAACAAAUGUGCUGUAAUACAUGCAAUGGAAUAUUAUUUAGCCUUAAAAAGGAAUGAAAUUCUGAUAAAUGCUACCUCAGGAUAAACCUUGAAAACACUAUGCUAAGGGAAAUAAGCCAGAUACAAAAGGUCAAAUAAGAUGCCACUUUUAUGAGAUGCCAGCAAAGGCAAGUUCCUAGAGACAGAAAGGAGAAUAGUGGUUACCAGGGACUGCAGGCAGGAGGAAAUGGGGGGGUUAUUGUUUAACGGGUACAUAGUUUCUGUUUGGGAUGAACAAAUUCUGGAAAUGGAUAGCGAUGAUGGUUGCUCAACAUCGUGAAUGUUAAUGCCACUGAAUUGUACCCAUAAAAAUGGUUAAAAUGGUAAAUUUUGUUAUGUAUAUUUUAUCAUAAUUUCAAAAAUAUAUCUAGAAUGGGCAAGAGGUAUUCUCCUCAUUCCUCUCUUGUCUUGAGAAUGGUCAGGCAAUAGGCCCUGAAGUCUGUAUUUGUGAAAAUUUCCUUGGGUGAUAAACCUGUUUGAUUACUGUUAAUUUAGUAUAUCCCAAAGUUAUUACCACAUAAUCUUUUAAACAAUAAAACAAACACCCCUUAGAAAGUCUUCUAUAAACCCAUUUCUGAAAAUGGUACAUUAUAGGGUGGGUAUAGAUGCAUGUAUAUGGGAUUAUGUAUGUUACAUAUAUAUAUAUAUACACACACAAAGGGAUAGAGGGAUUACCUUUCUUAACCCCCAUGUUAAUUACUAUGUCUAGGUUUUUUAAAUAAAAAUCUUUUCUUUUUAACAUGUUUCUUUUCCGGAAUGUUGGAAUAUUCUGUUCUUGAUCCAGAUGAAAUCUGAUUGAGUAGUGUACUUAUAAGUUGUACUGUUUAUAUGUUUCCUAUAUUGUUAUAUUUCAAUGAGAAGUUUAAAAUGUUUAAAAAUAAAAAAUGGUUAAAAAGGUUUUGUGUUAUGUAUAUUUUACCACAAUAAAUGCAAAAAAUAAAAAGUCUGUGUUCUAAACAA